CAGUUGCAAGAGGGCGGUUGAGUGAGUUGAGUGCAUCAGAUGGAUGUUACAUGAUGUUACUUCCGUGCUCCAGCCACUGACGGCUCAAAUUGCAAAAAACGAAGGUGCUGACUUUCAUGGACAGAUCCGCGCAGGAGCUGCCCCCUGUAGGCGAGAAGGCCCACAGCCGGGGUGCUCUGGGUACGUGGCAUGUUGCUGGCACCAAAUCCGGGACGACCGGGACUGGCUCGGCUCGUCACUGCGUGUGGUUGAAGGAGCUCAAGAAGCUGGGUGUGAGUCAAAGCGAUGUAUUGCUCCUCCGAGCGUCGAAUGGCAAACAGACCGUGGCAGCUUGCGAGGAGUGGCAUGCAAAUCGACAAGUUCAAGACAGAGGACUGCUGUUGAGCAGAUCUUGUCGCCAGUCUUUGGCAGCUGAGGAUGGAGACGAGCUUGAGUUGAUUGGCCAGUUCGAGGCAGAGAGCGCCACAGAAGUUCUUCUGGAGACAUCCAAUGUCUUUGUUGCAGCCUGGUCUUCUUUGGGAACAGGUUUUGAACUCAACAGCUAUUUGAAAGCUGUCUUGGACGGCAGCCUCCUGUUCAAAGGGGACGUUCGCCAUUUAUCCCUAAAUGGAGAAAUGUCGGAACUUAAGAUUUCUGAUGUCCAAGGGUCCAAAGCAGUUUCAAGUUCAGCACCCUGGCCGGGUCCAUGGUUGGUGGACUCGAACACAACCGUACAAGUGAAAGCCACAUCCAAAAAAACCGAUGGCGGCGGCCAGGGUGGCCAGGGCGGCCAGGGCGAGGCAGCUGGUUUUGCCCGGGUGGGCGGCCUUGCUGCUGUGAUCGAAGAACUGAAGGAAGCGGUUCAGCUUCCUCUCCAAAAUCCCGCUCUGUACCGCAAGAUUGGCGUCACACCACCACGGGGAGUACUUCUGUAUGGCCCACCUGGCACGGGGAAGACCUUGUUGGCCAAGAGUUUGGCUGAAGAGCUGGAGUGUCCCUGCGAGCUGCUGGCUGCCACUGAUUUAGUGGGCACAGGUUUUGGUGAAUCUGAGGAGAGGAUCAAGAAUGUUUUUCAGAGCUGUAGGCAGCAAGCCUCUGAUCGCGGCACUGGGGCGCUGCUGUUCAUCGAUGAAGUGGAUGCAGUUUGCCCCAAACGGGAUGAUGCCAGCGAGGUGGAGCGGCGGAUGGUUGCCGCAUUUCUGACAGCCCUGGAUGGCGUCCACAGCGGCGACAGUGUGGUGGUUCUGGGAGCCACCAAUCGGCCAGAGGCCAUUGAUCCUGCACUGAGAAGGGCUGGCCGAUUGGAGCGGGAAAUUGAAGUUGGGGUGCCCAACGCUGAGGAGAGACUGCAGAUCUUGCGCGUUCAUCUAUCCGCUUUGCACCACAACCUGGAUGACACCCAGCAGCGUGAGCUUGCUAGGAGAUGUCAUGGAUAUGUGGGAGCAGAUUUGCGAUCCCUCUGUACCACUGCAGCUCGUGCCACCCUCCGUGCUGGAAAAGACGUGGUGGAUUUGGAGAGUUGCUACGAUGCCUGUCGGCAAGUGCCACCUUCAGCCUUGAAAGAGCUGUUGGUGGAGGUGCCAGAAGUGCGGUGGGAUGACAUUGGUGGCUAUGAAAAGACAAAGGAGGCGUUGAAAGAGUCCGUGGAGUGGCCGAUCCAACACGGAUGGGCAUUUGAGUCCAUGAACAUGGAGGCUCCACGCGGCGUGCUUCUCUACGGACCCCCAGGUUGUUCAAAGACAAUGAUGGCCAAAGCUGUAGCCACAGAAACAGAGAUGAACUUCAUCUCCGUGAAGGGGCCUGAACUUUUUUCUAAAUACGUUGGUGACAGUGAGCAUGCUGUCCGGGAGGUCUUCCGCAAAGCUCGGGCGGCCUCCCCGUGUGUGAUUUUCUUUGAUGAGGUGGACUCCUUAGGCUCCAACCGUGAGGAAAGCGGCGGUGGGGUGGCCGCACGGGUCUUGGCUCAGCUGUUGGCUGAGAUGGAUGGCAUCGGUUCCGCAGGACGUCAUGUGGUGGUGCUGGCAGCAACCAACCGACCCCAGGCCUUGGAUUCGGCGCUCACCCGACCCGGUCGUUUUGAUCGCUUGGUCCAUGUGCCCCUGCCUGAUGAAGCGGCGCGGGAGGCCAUUUUCCAACGGCAACUGACGCGGAUGCGCUUCAGCUUCCAUGAGCUUCCCGUGACAGGGAGAUCAGAGGCUUCAUUACUGGCCUCCCACACAGCUGGGUAUAGUGGUGCAGAGGUGGUGAUGGUUUGCCGGGAGGCUGCAUUAUUGGCAAUCCGAGCAUCUAUUGCAGAUGGGAAGGGCGCUCUUCCUUGUGCAACAGCUAGUCAUUUCAAUCAUGCUCUGCAAGUGGUGAGACCGAGGAUAACUGCUGAAACCGUUCGCUUUUAUGAAGAUUUCGAGCGGAGUAUGCAACAUUCGUGAGAAUCUUCUGACUUGAAAAUAGCUUGUGGAACUGGGUUCAAUAAUGUGAAUGGGAACGUCUUAAGCUCCCCUUUAGCCCCCCCUGUAGCCUCUAUGUGAUAGGAAGUAUUUGCGGCUUGACGAUGCAGUGGAAAGACAUCCAUGCCAAGAGGCUAGAGUGUUGGUAGGCAGUGGCAUCAUGCAGAUAUUGGCUUUCUUGCAGUGCACUGCUUUGGUUGCAAGCAGCUAGCAACGUUGGAUCACAAGCAAAUAGUCAUUGUGGGUCACAGUG